AUGGUUGGAUUUUCUACCGUCUUCUACCGCACCGUCUUCUUCUAUCGCAUUCGCACCGUCUCCGUCUUCUACCGCACCGUCUUCUACCGACUUGUACUGCUACAGCCGAUUCCAUCCCCUCUAUUAUACUUGAAAGAAGGAUCGAUUGAGUCUGAGUGUCUGACUGUACGAAUGGCACUCUGCAUCCUUGUUUUGCUGGUUUUCUGGAACUACACACUGUAUUUGAAAAAGAUCCUGAAGGAUGAUGAUAAGGCCGUUGAAGAAUUCUUGGAUGCAUACAAGAAUCUUAUGCCCAGCAGGUAUUCAUAUUCAGAAAUUAAAACGGUCACGAAUGAUUUCAAAGAUAAACUUGGUCAGGGAGGUUUUGGUUCUGUUUAUAAAGGAAAGCUAUCAAAUGGUCAUCUUGUUGCAGUAAAGAUGUUGAAUGAUUCCAAAAGUAAGGGGCAAGAUUUCAUCAAUGAAGUUGCCACAAUAGGAAGAAUUCAUCAUGUCAAUGUGGUGCAACUAAUUGGAUUCUGUUCCGAGGGGUCUAAAAGAGCUCUUGUUUAUGAUUUCAUGCCUAAUGGAUCCCUCGACAGAUAUAUAUUACGGGAUGCGGAAAAAGAUCGUACACUAAGUUGGGAUAGAAUGCAUGAGAUAGCUCUAGGGGUGGCUCAUGCAAUUGAAUAUCUACACCAGGGAUGUGAUAUCCAAAUUCUACAUUUUGAUAUUAAGCCCCACAACAUUCUCCUUGAUGAAAACUUUAAUUCCAAAAUUUCAGACUUCGGGCUUGCAAGAUUUUACCCGAGAGAUCAGAACACUAUUUAUGUUACUGCAGCAAGAGGCACAAGGGGAUAUAUAGCUCCAGAAAUGUUCUACAAAACUAUUGGUGGUGUUUCCUACAAAUCUGAUGUUUAUAGCUUCGGAAUGUUGUUACUGGAAAUAGCAGGGCGGAGGAAAAACUUGAAUGCACAUGCAGAACAUUCGAGCCAAAUAUAUUUUCCUUCGUGGAUCUAUGAUCAACUGGAAAAGGGAUUAAGCAUUGAAAUUGUCGUAAUAUAUUAGAAUAAUAUUUGCGGGAAAGGCGGUCGCCUCAACGCCUUGAGGCUCUCGCCUCGUGAGGCACUAGCAAGACGCCUUCGCCUUCGCUUUCGCCUUUGAAAACAUUGAAAUUGAGGAUGCCUGUGAGUAUGACAAGAGAAUAGCCAAGAAGCUGCUCAUGGUUGCUUUGUGGUGCAUACAACUCAUGCCUGUGGACCGCCCUUCAAUGACCAAGGUUUUAGAGAUGCUUGAAGGUGAAGAUGAAGUCUUGAAAAUGCCUCCAAAGCCGUUCUAUUGUCCCCAACAGAUGCCAACUGAGGAUUUACCUUAUGACAGUGAUGAGACAGAUAUUAAAGAGGUAUCCACCCUGCCACAGAGUGCUACAGAAUCUACUUCCAUGGUAUAAGGGGAUGUAAUUAAUGCCCUAUUCAUUCUUGUAUGCCUCUUCUUAAGCUUCAUUACAAUUCGAAACUUUGAAUAACAGGUCAAUAAUGAGCUUUAUCAGGAUCUAUCGAAAAUUGUUUAUUUGAUCAAUUCCUAAAGGAAUUCUAGGAAUUUCAUAUUAUACUAGUGUGAUGUCUUCUCGUCUGGGUGAACACAUAAUUCAAAAGCUUAUUUACUUUGUGAAGUUGAUUGAUGCAUAGUUGCAAACAACUUAUACAGAGAGUAAAUGCGUCCACAGAACUACAUUGAAUUGGCAGAAUGUACUCACUAGUAGCCAUUUAUAUAUAACACAAAAGUUAAUCACAGUAUGCUACUGUGAACUCUCUACGCUUUGUAUCCCUCUUCCUAAGUUCCAUUUGUAUAGUUGAAAGUCAUCUUC